AUGGUCCUCGAGGAGACAUUGGUCAAAGACCCACAUGGAUACCACGUUGAGCUCACGUCGCGAAACAACCUUGACCAACCUGAAUGGGGAAGCGUCGGGCAGAGACAGCUCCGCAGCAUAACGGAGGCUAGCUACGCUGACGGGGAUUCAGAACCACCAGGGGACGAUCGCCCAACAGCGAGAGAGGUCCUGUCGGAGGUGUUUCUCGCCAAUCCGUCGACAAGCUCGACGGCCAACGCUUUGUUUGUUGGGUGGGGUUUGCUGGUCGGGUACGACCUCUUCCUCACGCUGGACAACGCGUCCGAGCCGCUGGACAUUGCGUGUAACGACGCCGAGAUCAGGGACGUCUGGUGCCCCCUGGGUUCGCUUUCGGACCCGAUCCCGUUCAGCAGGUCGGAGGCCGGGGAAGACGCCGGGGGCGAAGAGGCCAGGAGUCCGAUCAACUACGCGACGGCCUUCGUAGACCUGGACUGGCUGUACGGGAGGGACGAGGCGACUUCGGCGUCGCUGCGAACGGAAGACGGGGGUUACAUGAACAUGACGGACGACGAGCUGCCGCACCUCCUGGAUGACGGCACCUGGCUCGUGGCAGAUCAACGGCCGGCGAGACUGCCCGUGACGUUCGCACUCAUGACCCUGCUUUUGAGGGGGCACAACCGGUGCUGCGACGAGAUGGCGCCGGAAUGGGACCCGGCGAACGAUGAGGAUGCAUUCCAGUUCUGUCGGCAGUGGACCAUCGCGGUGUUUCAGCACAUCACGGAGAACGACUGGUCCGUCCGAUUUGUGGGCGGUAGUGUUAAGGUCCUCGGCGCCGCUGCCUACGACGAUGAUGACGACGACGACGAUGACCCUGACGACCAUGGCGAGGAGACGGAUGGCAGAAGGCGGCGACGGCGGUUAGGCGACCUCGAGAACGUCGUCCGAUCCCGGUACCUCACGCAGUCGAACGGCAGCUACGACGCCGGGACAAACGCCGGGACGGACGUCUUUUUCGCCACCGUCGCGGCGCCGGCGUUGUACUCUGCCCUCCCGUCGACGGUAGGGCUCCUGGACGACAGCUUCGAAGUCAUGGCCGAGCACGAGGUGGAGCUAGCCACGGCGAACGCAGAUCUCGCCGGGCUUGUGACACGGAUCGGCGGAAUAGAGCCUAUCAUCAGGGGAGCCUACCACGCGCGCGCUCGGGGUAUGGACGCCUCGUUUGUCGCCGAGGUUUCGGUGUCGUCGCCUCUGUUCAACUUUCCCGUCGAGGCUGCUGUAUCUCAACCUCUCUUCGACAGCGAUAUUUGGUUUUCGCUCCUCGGCUCCGAUGCCGCCCCGCCCCGUCCCCGCCCUCCUCUGUACCCCUCCUCUACGUCAAACUCCCCGUUUUGCCUCUCGUAUUCGCCCCGUCAAGGUGUCCCGUCGUACAACGACGCCCGAGAAGCGUACCGGCUGUCACGAAUCGACACCUUCACCGAGAUCACGUCGGACACGACGGUGCAGGCAACGCUCAGCGCGGCCUACGGCAACGACGUUGACCUGCUAGACGCCUACACGGGGGCGCUGGCGGAGACGGAAGAAGGGAGCGGCCUGUUCGCGGGGCCCCUGCUGCGGAUGGUGUUUCUUGAGCAACUUUACAGAGCCAUCGUGGGAGACCGGCAUCACCACUCCCACUCCACCCAGAACGAGGACGCCGCUCUGUCGACCCUUACGAACCUCAUCCUCAACAACUCACUGGUGUCAUCCAUUCCGCUCGACUCCUUCUCAGCCCCCGAUCUGGUGACGUCAUCCGACUGCUCCUCCACCGAGAUGAACGAAGUGACGCUCGCGGAAGGGUUAGUGUUCGUGGCGCGGGGGAUGUGA